AUGAAAUUCCUCGCGGCUGUCUCUCUGAUCAUCAUUGCCGGCUGCGCGGAUGCUUUGAAGCCAGAGGGCAACCAAAGCGUGUGCGUCAGCAACCGAGGGAGGCCAUACGAUGAGUCUCAUUGUGAAUGGCCCGGGAAGCAAAGAGGUUGUGCUUGGAAGGAUGGCGAAUGUGUCUGUCAGAAUGGGGGGGUCUACUCUAAAACUGGCCGUCGCUGCUGGCCACCAGCUCUCACAGUGAUGCCAGCUACGACCACUGCAGCAACCCUCCCUUUAGCAUCCGCCGAUAACAGCAGUGUCUGUGUGUCCAACAAAGGGCUUCCGUAUGACCAGUCGCACUGCGAAUGGGUUGCAGCAGGACGUGGCUGCAUUUGGCAAGGCAGUAGAUGCAUUUGCAGGGACGGUGGGGUGUAUUCCAAGACCGGUCGACGCUGCUGGCCCCCUGAUCCAGCGACCCAGCGUAGCACAACUGCGACUACGACUCAGGAGCCAGGCCCUGCCGCACCUGAUAAAAAUGCAAGCACUUGUGUUUCAAAUCGUGGGCUGCCCUAUGAUCGCUCCAACUGCGACUGGUACGGAAA